UGAAAAGGAAACAAUUAAAGCACAUCAAACGUUACAAAAAGCAAAGCAUCUCUCUCGACCUUUCCUUUUCAUCUCUCCCUAGAAUUAGAAAUAUGAUAAUGCAGGUACUAUAAACCCUACAAUUCAAGAAAAAUUUCUUAGAAUCAAAUCAUGGAAGAAUCUGAAGAAUACCCAAAAUCAUACUCAGGCAACCAGAGAGAGACGUCGAUGUCGUCGUCGUCGUCGACGACGAGUGUCCACGUUACAGCUCUGGACGGUCUGGUCAACGUGAACUCACUCUUCACAAUCGCCGUCUUCGUCGGUCUUUCUCUCACCACGCCGGGACAACAGAGCUUGGAGAACCGAGCCUGCGACGCCGGAAUCGAUGUGGCGAAGAAGCUUUUAGUCUUCGAAGUGGUGUCGUUUAGCUUCUUUCUCUUCUCGUCGUUGGUUGCCCAGGGUCUUAAGCUCGCCAUUAACUUGCUGAACAGCAAGGAUGUAGAUGAGGUGUUCAAGGCUCACAUCAAUCUGAAGGUGCUUAGAUUUGGCAUGAUGGGCUCCGCCGUUGGAUCUGUCAUGGGCUGCGUGUUCUUGAUGUUGUCCAUGGUCAAUGUCAUCGAGAUCCGGCUAGGCAUGCUCUCCUGCGGUAGUAAAUCGGCGGUUCAUGCGGUGGCGACAUUGUUGGUUUUGGUAUCUUCUGCUCUCGUCGUUUAUAUUUCCACUGCUAUCUAUGCUUUUAUGCAUUAGCUUCUAUUUUUAUUUAUUUAUUUUUCUUUUUUUACUUCUAAAUCAGAGCUCUUAAUCUUGUCAAAUAUCGUAAAAAUUGUAUAUUUAUAUCUCUCAUUUUAAUAAUUUUUUAAUUU